AUGUCGUUCGGCAAGCUCUACGGCUACAAGGAAAACGCCCGCAGCACUGUCCUCCUGGCAGUCGCAAAGGAGAACAAACUGGACAUUGAGCUUGUCGAGACCCUGACCCCCAUAACUGAUCCCGAGUACCUCAAGUUGAACCCUCUAGCACGAAUUCCCACCUUCGUUGACUCCAAUGGCUUCAUCUUGACCGAGUCCAUGGCCAUUGCCAUCUACUUCACCUCGCAGAACGACAAGACCACUCUGCUCGGAAAGACCAAGCAAGAUUAUGCUUCCAUUGUGCGAUGGAUGUCCUUCUCCAACUGCGAAGUCCUCCCCAACCUCUCUGGCUGGUUCCGCCCUUUGAUUGGCAAAGACACCUACAACAAGAAGAUGGUUGAUGAUCAUAAGAAGGCUGCUCUUGAUGCUAUCCAUGUCCUCGAACAACACUUCCUCGCCCACACAUUCUUGGUGGGGGAGCGUAUCACUCUUGCAGAUCUAUACGUGACCUCUCAAAUCUCUCGUGGUUUCCAAUACGUCCUCGACAAGGAAUGGCGUGCAGAGAACCCCAACACUACACGCUGGUUUGAGACUGUCACAAACCAGCCCAUCUGGAAGGCCAUCGUUGCCGAGCCAAUCAUGAUUGAAGAGGCUGUGAAGUACACCCCUCCCAAGAAGGAACCAAAGCCUGCUAAGGCCCCAGCUGCUGCACCUGAGAAGAAGGCUGAGAAGAAACCCGAGAAGGAGGAAGAUGAAGAGGACGAGCCCAAACCAGAGGUCAAAGCCAAACAUCCUCUCGAGGCACUACCCAAGCCAACUCUCAUUCUCGAUGACUGGAAGAGAAAGUAUUCCAAUGAGGAUACGCGUUCCGUGGCGCUGCCUUGGUUCUGGGAGCAUUACAAGCCAGAAGAGUACUCGUUGUGGAGGAUCGAUUACAAGUACAACGACGAGUUGACAAUGACUUUCAUGUCUUCAAACCUCAUCGGUGGAUUCUUCAACCGCCUAGAGGCCUCCCGCAAAUAUCUCUUUGGCGCAGCCUCCGUGUAUGGCCAGAGCAAUGACUCAGUCAUCCAAGGUGCCUUCAUGGUCCGUGGAGAAGAAGCUUUGCCCGCGUUCGACGUUGCCCCAGACUGGGAGAGUUACGAGUUUACUAAGCUUGACCCUGGCAAGCCCGAAGACAAGGAAUUCCUUGAGAACCAGUGGGCUUGGGACAAGCCAAUUGAGGUCAACGGCAAGACGUACGAGUGGGCCGAUGGCAAGGUCUUCAAGUAA